AAAAUAAUUCUUAAAUUUAAAAAAUGGUUAAAACUUGUAAAUGUUGAUUAUGACGAAUAUUAUGACGAAGAAAAUUUUGAAAUUUUUUUUGAUGAAAUUAAAGGCAUUUUUAUUGAUAAAAAUGAUAAAAGUGAUAAAAAUGAAAAGGAAAUUGAAAAGCAAUUUUUAGAAA